GGACCCGCGGCGCCCGCCGCCAUGGCCGCCGCUAACGGCAGUGCCGGCUGCCUCGAGCGCGCCAGCGGCCGCGACGCCGCGCAGGAAAAGUUGCAUCCGAGAAAUCUUAUCCCAGAACUUUGUAGACUGUUUUAUGGUUUAGGCUGGGUGACAGGAACUGGUGGAGGAAUCAGCUUGAAACAUGGGAAUGAAAUCUAUAUCGCUCCUUCAGGAGUCCAGAAGGAAAGAAUACAGCCAGAAGAUAUGUUUGUUUGUGACAUAAAAGAACAGGACAUCAGCGGACCUCCGCCACACAAGAAACUAAAAAAAAGCCAGUGCACACCCCUUUUUAUGAAUGCUUACACUAUGAGAGGAGCGGGUGCUGUGAUCCAUACUCAUUCCAAGGCUGCUGUUAUGGCUACCCUUCUUUACCCAGGGAAGGAAUUCAGUAUUACCCAUCAGGAGAUGAUAAAAGGAAUCCAGAAGUGUACUUCAGGAGGACAUUACCGAUAUGAUGAUACACUAGUGGUUCCCAUUAUUGAGAAUACACCAGAAGAGAAAGAUCUCAAGGAGAGAAUGGCAUGUGCAAUGGAACAAUACCCAGACUCUUGUGCUGUAUUGGUCAGACGUCAUGGAGUUUAUGUAUGGGGAGAAACAUGGGAAAAAGCCAAAACAAUGUGCGAGUGUUAUGAUUACCUGUUUGACAUCGCAGUGCAGAUGAAGCAGCAUGGACUAGAUCCUUCAAAAUACCCAUCAGGAGAAAAUGGGAUCCUGUAAAUGGCAACAACAUUUAUAUUCAGGUUUCUUCUUGCAUUGUUAUGGGAGUUUCAGGUUCCAUGUCACACCACUGAAACCAGAAGGGGGUGCUGUUAUACUCAGUUGACUGGCAGAUGCUACCCAUCAUCAGUUUUGAUGAUCAAAAAGAAAAAGGAGAGUUGAAAUGAAGAAAAUUAUGAACAAUCAAUCAUUGCUAUUUAUGAAUACUGUCAAAGACUACAGUGGAAGAAAUGAAAAUUCAGAUGCAAAACUGCCUUUGAGGAAAGCUAUAGAGAAUUAAUGUGACGUUUUGCUUGCGUGUUUUAAAAAUUCACAUUUCUUGAUCCUGAUGCUCUGCUAGAUCAUUUAACUUGCUUUGGAUCUUGAUUUUUGAGAGAAAAAAGUAGCCUUUAAACUUAGGAAAUAAGGUGGGACACCCCCCCACUUAUAUUAAGUAUAAAGUUUAAAGCAUUGGUUGAACUCUUGAUUCCUUUAUCCUAUGUUAAUGUGUAUGAAAUUAAGCACAUUUUUUAAUCCUCUUUUAACGUCAUUAUAGGGAGUAGGAAAUAUUUUAUAGCUUGCAUUUGAAAAUUAUCACUGAGAAGGUCUUGUCAGUUUUUUGUACCUUUGUAAAUCCUUUUCAAUAAGAUUAAGACUGUUACAAUUUUAAAACAGCUUUUUAUGUCCUACAAUACCCAGUCUAAAAUAGAUUAAAUCUAAUGUUAUGAUUCUGAUAGGAAACUAAAAUACAGUCUCAUAUUUUACCUAUGUAUCUUCUUUCAAAACCUCAUGGAAUGGCCUCCAGCGGAAGCAAUCAAAGCCUCAGUUGUCCAGCUUUCUGACUGAAUAUUGAGACUCUAGUCAGACACAAGAGUGAAUGAGAGCUAAUCAGCCAAUUUACACUGCCAGAGGGAGAGGUCUCAUUUUCCCUUCUGUUUUCAGCUGGGGACCAUGCAUUCCCACCACCUCUUUUGCAUCAUCUCUGACACUUGUUUGAGCUUCUGUGAGGUGAAUUAAUUCAUUAGCUUAAGAAAAAACUACUGCAGAGGGGAAAAAUUAUAUUAGUGACUGUUUAGAAAACCGUAAGUUGAAUCAGCUCACAAAUCGGUCCAAAGAGUACCAGAGAUGGGGCAAAAAUAUAGAGAUGGCUAAAAUAGGCAAUGAAGGAAGAAAAGGGAGACCCUCUCCCUUUUGAUGGCAAUGACUGUUUAACUUACUCAGCCACUCGUGGAAAGGCAUCCUAUAAGUAUUCUGCUAAACCAAGAAAUCAGGAAGAAACUUCUUAUAUUUCCCUCUCACUUAAUAGCAUUGACUUACUUAUGUAUGCCGGACUACUGCAUAUAGCACAAUAGAUACUGUUGGUAUACUGGUAAUUGUGUUGUGCUGAACUUGCUCAAUAAACACAUUUUGGCUUGGUGGCUA